AUGAGGGUGAUCCUCGUCGACACGAAUGCAACGUUGAUCGAAGCCUGGAGGUCAAACCUUGUAGGUCUUAAAUACGUUAAUGUGUUUGCUGGAUCUUUGAAUAAGAUAGAUCCUGAAAUGGUCAGAGGGACCGCUGCGGUAAUUUCACCUGGCAAUAGCUUCGGUUAUUUAGGUGGAGGAUUUGACCUAGCGUUACGACAAUACUUCGGAGGUCAUAACUUUGAGAACUUCUUUAAAAAGCAGCUAUGUUCGAUUUACAAGCCCGUGGGAACAGCAACUGUGGUCAAGUUGGGGCCAUGGAGCCGAAACGGUUUUAAAUACAUAAUUCAUAUUCCUACUGUGGUAGCACCAGCGCAUAGAAUUUACAAUGCGGACAGAUCUUUAGAAACGGGGUAUAGGUUAGUGUUCGACGCGAUGUGGAAUGCGCUUGUGCACUGUCCAAGGGAUGCUGACACUUUAGUGACAUCUGGCCUAGGAACUGGCUACGUUGGGGUUCCCGAAGCUGUUUGCAGCAAAGCGAUGUCAUUCGCUAUCCGACUUUUUUUUGCUAACGACGUAAUGUCUCCUGAGCUAACGAGGGUGGUGAUUAUGCAGUUUCUGGGCUACCGUUUUGACGCUUUUAUUCCAGCCCAUUGCUUGGACGAGUGUUUUGCAUUGGGAAUUGAUCGCGAGGCUCUUAUGAGUUAUAACGCUGAUGAGGACCCUAUUGAAAAUAUAUUGCCCCAAGCCUAG